UUCCCACCACCUUCCUCUCUCUCUAUACUCUCUUCUUCAUCAUCUUCUUCUUCUUCUUCUUCUUCAAUUCUUGAAGUAGUGAAAUAAGUAAAGAGUUCUAGCUGGUAAGGAAGAACAAUGGCAGAUAAGCAAAUAUGUGGGGUGCCAGAGAAGGUGCAACUUCAUGGAGCCAUGUUAGCCUUACAGUUUGGCUAUGCUGGCUUUCAUGUUGUCUCAAGGGCAGCCCUAAACAUGGGCAUAAGCAAGCUUGUCUACCCUGUUUACCGAAACAUUAUUGCACUCCUUCUCCUCCUCCCUUUCGCCUACUUCUUUGAAAAGAAGGAUCGCCCUGCCAUGAAUCUCUCCUUCAUCAUUCAGUUCUUCUUUCUUGCUCUCAUUGGUAUAACUGCAAAUCAAGGUUUCUAUCUCCUUGGCCUUGAUAACACUUCUCCAACCUUCGCCUCCGCUCUUCAAAACUCUGUCCCUGUCCUUACUUUUCUUAUGGCUGCCGCUCUCCGGAUUGAGAAGGUGAAGCUAAACAGAAGAGAUGGAAUAGCAAAGAUUGCAGGGACUUUGGCAUGUGUUUGUGGAGCUUCAGUGAUCACACUGUACAAAGGCCCUGCCAUCUUCUCACCUACAAAGUCUUUGAACCAUGAGAAGCCUCCAGCAUUGGUUUGGCUUGGAGAUGCUAAGCCAAAGAACUGGACUCUAGGGUGUCUAUACCUCUUUGGGCACUGUCUUUCUUGGUCUGGUUGGCUUGUUUUACAGGCACCUGUCCUUAAAAAGUACCCUGCCAGGCUCUCAGUUACUUCAUACACUUGUUUCUUUGGUGUUCUUCAGUUCCUAGCCAUUGCUGCUUUCAUGGAAAGAGAUCCUAAUUCUUGGAUCUUUCACUCUGGUGGUGAAGUUUUCACUAUCUUAUAUGCGGGCUUUGUGGCAUCAGGUAUUGCAUUUGCAGUUCAGAUAUGGUGCAUUGAUAGGGGUGGUCCUGUCUUUGUGGCUGUUUACCAACCUGUGCAAACACUCACAGUGGCCAUCAUGGCUUCUUUAACACUUGGAGAAGAGUUCUAUCUUGGAGGGAUUAUUGGAGCCAUACUUGUAGUCAUUGGAUUAUACUUGGUGCUCUAUGGAAAGAGUGAAGAGAAAGCCUUUGCUGCAAGAGAAGCUGCUUCCACUAUUACUUCUACUCAAGAACAUGAUGCCAUUAGAGCAGCAGCCACUGCUACAGCUUUCAAGACUUCUUUAACUCAACCAUUGCUUCCUUCAUCAACCUCAGAUAAUGUUUGAUGUGAAGGUCUUUUUCAUUGCUCAAAUGUUGAGGAGUGAAGGAAAUUGAGAGAGAGGGAGGGAGUGUGCUUUAUAUAUAUAGGCUAAGUUUUGACAUGGUUUUCCCUGCUAGAUCACUUGGUUAGAUUUGUAUGAUCAUUUGGGGGAACAUUAGAUGUACUGCUACUCGCUAUGGAGUGAUCUAGUUUGUGUUACUGCUUUGUUGAGAAACUGCCAAUAGAUUUGGCUUUGGUUUGCUGUCUCUUUUUAAUUAAAUAUUCUUAGUUUUGUGCUUU